AUGCUUUUCACUUUUUCUUGCUCUACACCAAUUCCAGUGUCACACACUGCAAGUUUUAGCUUGGAUUCUGCACAAAAUGUGCAGCAUACUUCAAUAAACCCUUUUAAUGUGAAUUUAAGAGAGUUGCUGAGAAGAUUUAGAAGGAUUUGGCUCAAUCUGAGAGGGUCUGUGAACGCAAAAUCAGGUAGUUCAGGAUCAAUUCUAGUUAUAACAGAAAGACCUUUUUUUUCUGCUUGAAUCUUUAUCAGCUGAAUUGUAUUAGAAAUCACAUCUCUCAGCAGGAAUUUAGAUUUUUGAACAGUAAAGACCCCCAGUUAG